CGUCGCUGCUCGGCCCGCAUCCGUCGUCGCAAUGUGCGAUGCCAGACCACGUAAAACUGCACCUGCCAUACAAGAGAAACUCGCCAUCUAUGAAAACGUGUUAUCAGUGAGCGCGUUGAGCGCGGGCGGCGGCGUGGGCCCAGUCCCCACGCUGGUGUCUCCGUGUACUCUUGGAACGGAGGUGGAAAUGGUGCAGGAAGGCGUCGGUGCGGCCGAGGGCCUCAUCGCGCCGCGCCGCGUGCCCAACCCCUGUCUGGAGAGCCCCCAACGCAUGGACUUGCAUCGGGAGCUCCUCUUUAACCAAAAGAUUGGAAAAAAUGUCUUGAACCAAAAAAGUGAACUAGAAAAGGCCCUGUCGAAGCACAAAGAGAAGCAAAUCAUGAAUCAAGUAAAGGAACACAGGGAGACGCCAGAAUUAGAACGCGCGAUAGCAGAGCGAGCUCGUAGGCUAGAGCAAGCAGAACAGAGUUCUGAGGAACCAGAGACGGGAGCCAACCCCACGCUGCAGCAGAUUCGCGCGCGGCUGCGGCACGCCGCGCCCGCGUCCGCCGCCUCCGCGCACUGAACGUACCCCUAACCCUUCAACGCCCAUAAGGUAUAAUGCCUAUAUCCUAAAUUUCACGUCAUAUUUUCCCCUCAAAGUCAGCAGUGUUAAGGGGGAAAUUUAUAUGUCGUGAGUUGAAUAUCCACCCGAAGAAGGAUGGUUGCAAAAAUCACUGUCACACAUUUAAAUCUUGAACAUCUUUUACAUUCAAUCUUUAAAGAUCUUUUGAAUUUUUUUUCUUCAGUAGCUAAAUAGUGAUUUUUGCAUGUAACGGCAUUGUAACUUAUGGACGGCAGCUCUAUUCAUGUACGAACAAAAUAAGAAAAGGAUCGACAUCCUAGCCAUAUUGUGACGUCAUGAGUCUAAAGUUACUUCAGUUGCGUCACGUCCAAAUGCGAAGUCGAAUCGACUUCGUUCAAGGCCGAUCUUUUUCUUGUUUUGAUCGAGUAGUGUACCCUCUUCACCUCAUAGGCAUACCAAAUUCAAUAUUUGUCCGAAGUUCUCAUAAAUUGUACUCCGUUCCUCCAAACCGCAUAGUUCUGCCUGUAGGAUGUUAUUAAAGUACUCAACCUAUAAGAUUGGGUAGUUUAAAACGCGUAAUAUUUUGGUAUAUAUUAAUGUCUCUUCGUACCCUGAAACAACAUUAUGAGAAUUUUCAAAAUCUUUGUUAGUUGAAGUAGUCCAUGAAUGUUGUCUAUUAGCGCCAUCUUUGUGUAUUAGUAGAUAACUCUUACUAACAUGAUAUCAGUGGUCGGGGCAGUGGAUACAGCGUAGAGGAACUCGGUGUGGGGCCUAGGUGGAACUAUAUUGAAGUGAAACAUUUCAAGGGUUAAUUAAUAAUUAUGAAGGGAUUGAGGAAAUGGAAGUGCGCUGUAAUUAUAAGCAUUGAGCGUGUGUGCGUCGCUGGUGGUGUGCUGGUGUGAGUGAUACGCUUUGAUUGCCAAAGCUUGAUUGAUAUUAAUUAAUCGGUUAUUUUAUUGAAUAAGUCGGACAGCCAUGCUUUAAACUUUUUUUCAACGAAAAAGGUCACUAAAAGUGUCACAAAAUAACGAUUUGUUUGUUAUUGUACUAUGAUUAACAUUAUGACGAGUGUUAGAAUGCACUGUAACUGAACACUUGUUUGAUUCGAACAUUUGAUUUUAUUUAUGCACACGAUUAUUUAAUUUUGCUAAUACGUAAUAUAUCGAACAACUAUAUGACUGAGGAAUCGACUGCGUGUGUUGUAAUAAUAAUAAUAGGGGUAAUGUCGACUUCAAACAAGAGAUUAUAAAUAUUUUUCUAAACUUUUUGACGUCACAAAUCUUAACAAUUCGUAGCGUUCAUUCGUAAGCAUUUACUGUUCUCGUUGUACUCUUAACUUAUCUGUCGCUGUAUGGUUUAGGGAUAACUGUCAAAGUAAUAAUUGUAAUAACUAUUUUAUGACAUUAAUUAUUAUAGAGAGUAGAUAGAUGUUUGCAAUUUACAGAUGUAUGGUUUAGAAAUAUUAAAAUAUAAUACAUAUUUUAUUGUCAGAGUAGAAGUCUUAUGAAAAGUAGAGUGGAUCCUAAAUAGAUAUUACCCGUACUUACAUAAAUAUUAAAGUUGGAAAUUAUAUUCACAUACAUUACAUGAAUAGUUAACCAAUAAUUGUGAAUUUAACAAAUAGCUUUAUGGGCACUUUACGAUAUAUUUAAAUGUCUAAUUUUCUACAGAUCCUUGCACCUUAUCGGCCUUUCUUAAUGACUCCAAUUAAUAGUUGACCAGUGUAUUAGAAUUUGAAGUGUUCAACAAAGUGAUAGAAAAGUAUUUUUAUAUAUUUGAGAUGCCUGCGGGCUCGACCGCGGGUUUUCAAAGUUUAAUCGAUAUUCGUAGUAAACCCCGAAGAUACAUUAAAUUAUUCACUACUCCUAGUAGAUGUUAAACAGUAAACAAUAAUACGUGUAACAUUUACUUCGUUGCUAAGAUAGAGUUAUUUUAAUAAUGCCUAGAACUUAGUAGUGCGUCACCAUCUGCGGAAUGAUUUGAAACUUGCUAUUUAUACAUUUUGAUGAAUCUCUUGAGUAUUGUUUGCCCAGCUAGUUAUUUUUAUUGCAAUUUAUCAUCAAUCCGCCGGCAAUUCUUGGGAUUUGGCUGCGUAAACUUUAUAUAGAUUGUAUUAUGUUCGGUGUGCCUAAUUAUAUGUACUUGUUAUUUCCUUUCAGAGUAUUAAUUAUUUAUCGUUAUAAGUUUAGAAUAUGAUAGGAUGACGAUUCUCACAAAGAUACCAAAAUUGCAAAAACAAAUGUAAUUAGCUAUCAUUCCACUUGUUAUUCUUUCACGUGCGAUAAUUUCUUUGUCAAAAUGUUUUCUUUUCUGUUAAGAUUAUCGUUAAGUUAUUGUAACUUAGUACAAAAUGGCUCCUUCAUAACAUGAGGGCUAGUUAUAGGCUUCCGAAGCUGCAUCGUGGCCAUCUUAAGUGCGACAUUAUUGAAAAAGUACUGUAUAAGUUACUUACUCUUUGUAUUGAUAGUAUGACAUGGAACAUGUAUGAAGAUAAUUUGCAUAGUCAAAUAAAAAUGUUUUAGAAUA